AUGUUACAGGUGACAGAAUUCAUAGGUGGGGGAUUUGCACUUGCUUAUCAUGUCUGCCACAACAUCGUUGACGGCUUUGGAUCGAUGCAAUUCAUAAGAAGCGUCACUGAUCUUGCACGGGGCGCGCAACCGACAGUGCUACCUGUGUGGGAGAGACACAUUCUGAUGGCACGCACUCGUCCGUGCAUAAUCGAUAUAGACCCCGUAUAUACGCCGGUCCUAACAGGCUCCGAGUACGACGCUGAUGCGGUUGCCAAAGACGUGAUGCUAUCAACGCAAAUUGAGAGCAUGGUGCACAAGUACUUCCUCUUCAGCCCUAGAGAUAUAGCUCAUUUGCGAGGGCAACUUGUCCCAUGGAUUCUUAACAAACCUAUCACAACCUUUGAGCUUAUAACCGCCGUAAUGUGGAGAUGUCGAACGAUUGCUCUCGGAUAUGAGGUCGAUAUAAAGGUAUGGUUGAGUUUUACACUCAAUACUCGUGGGAGAUGGAAGCGCGACCUGCCCAUCCCACAAGGUUACUACGGUAACGCCCUUGUGCACACCAUCGUGGAGGCUACGGUCAGUGACCUAUGCGGAAGACCUCUCGGCCACACGGUGGAGCUUCUCCACAAGGCUAAGGCUAACAUGUCCCUGGAACGCAUGAGGUCGAUGGUUGACAUGAUGGCAUUGUUGCGUGGACGUCCCACUUUGCCUGCACAACACAUCUACUGGGUGACAGACAUUAGUCACAUCGGAUAUGACACAUUGGACUUUGGGUGGGCAGAGUGCGUCAGUAGUGCCAUGCCGUUGCCGAGGCUAUCUAGCUAUCACACCAGAUACAAGGAUGAAUAUGAUGGGGAAUCGAUCAUGGUGUCUGUCUUAUUGCCAAUGUCAGUGAUGGAUAAGUUUGCCAAGGAGAUUACAUCCUGGUUGAAGAAAGACUAUGGAGGCAACUACUUGAGAUCUAGCUCCCUCUAGUUGUAUUUAUAAGAAAAGUACACACAUA